AUGGCCGCAAUGAACGACACAGUGAGCGAGACUGUGGUCAAAACAACAGAGGAAAUCAAAAAGAAACUGGAAUUCAAAGAUGGGAUGAACGUCCUGGGUCUGAUUGGUUUCUUCAUAGCGUUUGGCAUUGCAAUGGGAAAGAUGGGGGAACAGGCACGGCUGAUGGUGGAAUUCUUCAACAUCCUCAACGAGAUUGUCAUGAAACUUGUGACUAUGAUCAUGUGGUACUCUCCUUUUGGUAUCGCCUGUCUAAUCUGUGGGAAAAUCAUCGCCAUUAAAGACCUGGAACAGGUCGCCAAGGCAGCUGGGAAUGUACAUGGUUACUGUCAUCAUUGGACUAAUCAUCCAUGGAGCCAUCUUCUUGCCACUACUGUACUUCGCAAUCACCAGGAAAAGCCCGUUCUCCUUCCUGGCUGGUAUCUUCCAGGCUUGGAUUACCGCCCUUGGUACAGCUUCCAGCGCCGGUGGUGCGGACCCUCCUGCACAGUCCACUCUCAUGCUGCUGUCUUGAGGAGAACUUGUGGAUCUGAUUUAAAUAGAGUAGUAUUCUCGAUUUUGUGCUUCCUGUUGGGUCGGGCACCACAUGUCAAAUGGAUGGUACAGCUCUGUAUGACUGGCGCUGCUAGUAGUGGUCAGCUAGUUAGCAACUUCGGAUGAAGUAAGGGGCGGCUUUCUUUUAUUGCUCAGAUGAAUGGUGUAGCUUGACAGCGACGUUGGCCAGUGUGGGAGCAGCCAGUAUCCCCAGCGCAGAGUGGACUGGUUACCAUGCUUCUCAUCCUGACGGCUGUAGGAUUGCCCACCCAAGACAUUAGCCUGCUUGUUGCUGUAGACUGGCUAUUGGACCGAAUGAGGACUUCUGUCAACGUCGUUGGUGACUCCUUUGGCGCCGGCAUAGUUUACCAUCUAUCUAAGGAAGAGCUGGAAAAUCUGGAUAAGCACCAUGCACAGCAGGAAAUUGAAAUGACCAAGACUCAGUCCAUUUAUGAUGACAUGAAAAACCACAGGGAGAACAAUUCCAACCAAUGCAUUUAUGCAGCGCACAAUUCUGUGGUAGUUGACGACUGCAAGGUAACACUGGCAAACAACGGCAAAACGGCAGACUUCAACGCUGUUGUGGAGGAGACCCAGGAAGCGUAA